AUGCCCGGAGCCCGCGAGCCAAACCUCAACUGGCGCGCCCUCGCCCUCGUCUCCGUCGCCACCUGCACGCUCACGGCCGCCAGCCUCCUGCUGCUGCUCGACCGCCGUCACUUGCGAUCUUCCCGCCGCCGACGCAGCCACCGCCGUCGCCACAGCAGCAGCAGCAGCUCCCAGUCCGAAGCCCAAGCGCUUGACAACAACAAAGAAAUGCCCGGAGAAGUGGUGUACCUGAACAACGCCAACGCGUGCCUGGACUACGCGGUGGGCGCGGGGGGCGCCGACGAGUUCGACGACGCCAAGUUCGUGGUCAAGCAGAUCUGCUCCGACUGGAAGGACGCCCCGAACGACGACAUCUCGGUCAAGAUCAUCGUGGGCGGCAUCACCAACCGCCUCUACCGCCUCAUGUGGGGGGACAAGUCGGUGCUGGUGCGCUUGUACGGCGACCACACGGAGGAGUUCAUCGACCGCAGCAUUGAGAACAUGCUCUUCGCCCUGCUGUCGGAGCGCGGAUUUGCCCCCACGUACUACGGCCGCUUCAAGAACGGCCGCAUCGAAGGCUGGCUCGACGCCCGCCCGCUGGAGCCCGAAGACAUGGGUUUGACCUACCCUAUUAACUACCUGCGCAUGAUCGGCAGGGAGCUGGGCAUCAUGCACAUCAUGGACAUCCCCGAGGACCGUGCACCGGUGCUGUGGACAAAGAUCGAGCGCUUCGAGAAGCUCGCGCUGGAGAUCGAGCUGGAGGACCCCGUCAAGAACGCGGCGCUCGAGGAACUGGACCUGGCUGGUCUGCACCAGAAGCUCGAGUGGCUCAAGUCGGUGCUCCCCUCGAACCACAACCACAACGGCAAGGAUCUGCUCUAUGCGCUCGACACGGACGAGAUCACCAAGCAAGCUGAGGCGUUUGCGUCUGACGUGGUGUUCUCGCACAACGACCUGCUGAGCGGCAACAUCCUGCACAACCCGGACUGGGACCGCGUGCAGAUCAUCGACUACGAGUACGGCGGAUACAACUUCCGCGCGUUCGACUUCGCCAACCACUUCAUCGAGAACUGCGGCUUUGAGCUGGACCUGGCGCAGUACCCGAGCAUUGACAAGCAGUUUGCGUUCUUCAAGGCCUACAUGAGCACGGCAGCGCCCAAGAUGCUGGCCCAGCUGGAGGCGAACCGCGAGUCCAAGGCGUUCUUCCACGCGUUGUAUGACGUGGUGAACCGCUACGCACUCGCGUCCCACCUGUUCUGGGGCUACUGGGCCCUCGUGCAGGCGGCCCACUCCAAGAUCGACUUUGACUUCCUGGAGUACGCUGGCAAGCGCUUCAAAGCCUUCGACGUGCAGCGCGAGUUUUUCCUCGGAUCAAGUUAA